AACAAAGUGAUGAUUGGUGCUAUGGUGCUGACCGGAGUCUAUGAUGCUGUUAUGACCCUACUCGAUAUAUCCUGAAUGUUCUAUUGGAAAACGCCGGAUCGAGUGACUUUCCUUGAUUCAAUACUUUUUACGACUGUCAACCAGCCUAGCCUCUAUCACGAGCAUGAUAUAGGACCCCUGAAAUCUAUAUAAGCCCCUUCUGUGCCCUCCGUAGAGAUAUUCUUUCAUCAGCAUCAAUUACCAUCAACAGACAUCAAUCGUCCCCUCCAUACUCUCCCAUAAACUAAACAAUGUUUUCCACAAUGUACUGCAUCUCAGCAUUCACUCUUCUUCUUGCCAAUCUCGCCUCCAGCGAACCCAUCCCUCGGUCGCAGGUCGCCCAUAUCACCUUCAUCGGUGCAGCCGAUGCCCAGUUCACCCAGGACUUCCCUGCCGAUGGAUCCAAAGUUGCUAUCACUGACCGCCUGAGUAUCUCUCACAUCGCAUCCAGCACUGCCGGAGUUACCUGUACUUUUAACGGAAUCGACCACAGCGUCACAACCGUAAACGGCGCGGCGACUGUUGACGUCGGACCUCCACAGACGCAGAUCCAAGGAUCCUGCUUGCUUCAAAAUACACCUCCUCCAUCUACACCUCCUCCAAGCUCUACACCCCCACGCGUCGUUCAGAUUACGUUCGAGGGCGCGGCAAAUGCCCAGUUCACCCAGUGGUUCCCGGUUGAUGGCUCGCAGAAUAAGAUCAGCGACCCCCUUAGCAUUUCGCAUAUUGUGUCUACCACUGGUGGUGUUAUUUGCACUUUCAAUGGAAUUGACCACAGUGUUACUACUGUCAAUGGUGCGCAGACUGUUGACGUCGGCCCUCCCCAGACACAGAUUAAUGGGGCUUGCAAGGCACAGUAGGGCUGAUUGGGGUGACUCAAGUCAAGAUAGAAUGAGAAAAUCCUGAGUUGGCUGGCUGUGGUUGUGCUUCUGUGUCUACUUUUGGUGUUUUCUUUGAAAACUCUGUCGAUUAUGCUCUACUUGGAAAUUGUUCAACUAAUAACUAUAAUUAAUAAUAAUUAGGCUAGUUUUUUAUUAGUAUAGUUUAAUAUGGCACGCUCAAUUCCCUCUAUAUACCUUUCACUUACUGAUAAAUAGCUACAAGAGAGACAAAUGCCCUAUGUGCAUUAUUUGUCGGUGUCCUGGCUGGAAAGUCUUGUCAUAUCAUUUGCGCCUUCUAAAGGCUACAUACAUUUCCCGAGACUGAGGCGAUAUCAGCAUAAUACAAUUAAAGACAUUGAUUUCAUCCAGAACCUCCUGUCCAACGUGAAAAGCACCCUACCAUAAACCUAUUAGGAUUAGCCAUAGAUUGCAGCUAGGAGAAGGC